ACUUAUAUAUAUCUGUCUCUGUGCGUUGCAAUCCACUGGUUCACUGUCAAUUUGCUCAGGUACACGUCACUGCUGUUCGAGAACAGGAGUCAUGGAGGCGAAGGAGGAAACCGCCAUGGAAAGCGAAGCCGACGAGCCUGAAAUCAACUACAGAGGAAUCAAAGCCAUGCCUUACAUCAUCGGAAAUGAGACAUUCGAGAAGCUUGGAGCUAUUGGUACGCUCUUCAAUCUCCAAGUGUAUUUAACUACAGUGUUCAAUAUGAAGCGCAUCUCCGCUACCACUCUCCUCAACGUCUUCCAUGGCACAACGAAUUUCGCUACCUUAAUCGGAGCGUAUCUCUGCGACACCUACUUCGGACGGUACAACACUCUCGGAUUCGGAUCCGUUGCUUCCUUCCUGGGAUUGUUGGUGAUUACUCUGACAGCUGCUUUCAAAAAUAUGCAUCCGCCGCAUUGCGGAGCGGCGGAUGAGCGGUGCGUCGGACCGACGGCGGCGCAAAUGGCGUUUCUCCUGUUCGGAUUUGGACUGAUGAUCCUCGGCGCCGGCGCGAUUAGACCGUGCAAUCUGGCGUUCGGUGCAGAUCAAUUCAAUCCGAAAACAGAAUCUGGAAAGAGAGGAAUCGACAGUUUCUUCAACUGGUAUUUCUUCACGCUGACGUUCGCGCAGCUCGUGUCGGUAACCGCCGUCGUUUACGUGCAGUCCGACGUCAGCUGGCCGAUCGGAUUUGCGAUUCCGACGGCAUUUAUGUUGAUAUCGUGUUUCCUCUUCUUUAUGGGAACAAAAAUCUAUGUGAUUGUUAAGCCUGAGGGAAGUCCUUUGACGAGUCUACUGCAGGUGCUGGUUGUCGCCGCCAGGAAGCGGCGGCUGAAGUCGCCGGCGCAGCCGUGGCUCAGCCUCUACAACUACACUCCGGCCAAAUCCAUCAAUUCUAAGCUGCCAUACACCAAUCAAUUCAGGUUCCUCGACAAAGCGGCUAUCCUCACGGCGGCGGACCGCCGGAACCCCGACGGCUCGCCGUCGAACCCGUGGCGGCUCUGCAGCCUCCAGCAGGUGGAGCAGCUCAAAUGUGUCGUCCGGGUCAUCCCGAUUUGGGCCGCCGCCGUGCUCUACCACGUCGGCGAGAAGCAACAAUACCUCGUCUUCCAAGCCAUGCAAUCCGACCGCCACCUCGCCGCCACCUUCCAAAUCCCUCCGGCGACCUACUCCAUCUUCUCCAUGACCACCCUCGUCCUCUUCCUCCCCCUCUACGACCGCCUCCUCGUCCCCGCCCUCCGCCGCCUCACCCGCCUCGACGGCGGCAUCACCGUCCUCCAACGCAUUGGCGCCGGAAUAUUCCUCACCGUCAUCGAGUCCCUCGUCGCCGCACUCGUCGAGCGCCGCCGCCGCCGCUUAGCCCUCGAUCGCACCGCCGACAUUGUCAUCAGCGGCAGCCGCGGCGCGGCGUCGCCGAUGUCGGCGAUGUGGCUGGUGCCGCAGCUGGUGCUGGCGGGGCUGGCGGAGGCGUUCGCGGCGAUCGGGCAGGUCGAGUUUUUCUACAAGCAGUUCCCGGAGAGCAUGCGGUCGUUCGCCGGAUCGUUCUUUUUUUGCGCGAUGGCGGCGGCGAGCUACCUGAAUGGGCUGCUGAUAUCGGUGGUGCACCGCGCGACGGCGGAGUCGCCGGCUGGGAAUUGGCUGCCGGAGGAUUUGAACAAGGGGAGGUUGGAUAUGUUUUAUUAUAUGGUGGCUGGGAUUUGUGGGCUUAAUUUUGCAUACUUUUUGGUGUGUGCAAAAUGGUAUAGGUAUAAAAGGGUAGAAUUGGAAAUGGAAUUGGAAUUGGAGGGAAAAGAAAUUCGGAAAUUUUAGUUAUGGGGUUUAAGGGAAUAUUGUUGGAUUUUGAGGGUUUAUUUAAUAUUUUAAUUAGGACUUAUAUAUAUAUAUAUAUGUAAUAUGGUUUUGAGUGAAUUAGGGAACAAUAGAAAUAGUGGAAUUAUGGAUUAUGUGCUAUUUAUUUAAAUGAGAAUGGCCACAUUAUUGUUAA